CAGGAGGCGGUCGGCCGCCGGCGGGAUGGCCUUGGUCCCCUACGAGGAGGGAGCUGGCUGGGGAGCGCGGCAGCUGCACAGCCCUUCGGCUACCUACCGCUUCGCCAGCCACACCAUCCGCGUCAAGCAGGACUGGCGGCGGCUGGGGGUGGCGGCGGUGGUCUGGGAUGCGGCUGUUGUCUUGUGUGCUUAUCUGGAGAUGGGAGGCAUUGAUCUGAGGGAUCAGUCUGUGAUUGAGCUGGGAGCUGGAACUGGAUUGCUGGGAAUAGUUGCCACGUUAUUAGGUGCUCGUGUUACCAUCACAGACAGGGCGGCAGCACUGGAGUUCCUGGAGUCAAACGUACAGGCUAACUUACCUUCUGAACUACGUCCGAGAGCUGUGGUGAAGGAACUGACUUGGGGAGAAGACCUGGGUAACUUCCCGCCAGGAGCAUUUGACUUCAUCCUGGGUGCAGACAUCGUUUAUCUGGAAGAAACUUUUGCAGAACUGCUUCAGACGCUGGAGCACCUGUGCUCAGAGCAAACUGUGAUUCUUCUUUCCUGUCAUAUCCGCUAUGAACGGGAUCACAAAUUCUUGAAGAUGCUGAGAGGCCGUUUCUCUGUGUAUGAGGUCCACUAUGAUUCCAGUAAGGAUGUUCAUAUCUACAAAGCACAGAGGGGUAGUCGCAAGGAUGACUUUUGACUCUGUGCUAUGUUAGUAAACCACUGAUGCUGUUCAAUCCUCCCCUUGUUUCUACUCAAUACACUUGUUCCUA